GGUCAUAAAGCCCUCCCCGAACGCGCGCUCCUAUAUAACCCCUCGCCCCCCGAUUAGCCCCGCCGCAUCUCAGCAUUCAUUUCGCCAUCCACGAGCAAAUCCAUCCGCCGCGCCACGGGAGGAGGAGGUAGGUAGGUGAGAGACAGGAGACGGGAGCGAUGGAGAUGGAGAUGCAGACGGCGGCGGCGGACAUGGACUUCAACGCCCUCUCGCGCCGCGAGCUCCAGGCGCUCUGCAAGCUCAACGGCGUCCGCGCCAACAUGACCAACCUCGCCAUGGUCGAGGCCCUCCAGUCCCUCGCCGCGGUGGAUGGGAUCGACCAGAUCGGCACCACGCUCUGCCUCCCGACCCCGGGCAAGUCGGCGAUGAAGUCGGUCCUCAAGGCCGCGCCGGCGGCCGGGGAGGACCAGCAGCAUCUAGGAAGCCCGCUCCCGCGCGGCCGCCGCGUCUCGGUCAAGUCGCCCGAGGCCAUCCGGAUGGAAGUCGAGGAGGGCGAGGACGAGGUGAAGCGGAAUCUCGUCAAGGAGAUCGUGCGCACCCCUGGCGUCGCGCUGCGCAGCACCAGCCGCCGCCCGCGGGCCACGCCCGCGCCCCUCCCCCCGACUCCCGCGGCGGGCACUCUGCGGAGGAGCCAGAGGUCGAUUAAGAAGACCGAGAAGGCCAUGGAGGUCGAGGUGUCCACCACAAAGAGAUCGACUAGGAAGACGGCGAGAUCGAAGGCGAUGUUUGAUUUGGACCAGGAAGAAGAGGAGGAGGAGGAAGUUACAAAGCUUCCGGAAGAAGGAAACAGCAAAGCGGAUGAACCUGAGCAGGGAGAUGAAGUGGUUUCUUCUGUUGUGCCCACUGAAUCUGCUGACAAGAGCUGUGAAGAUUCUAAGCUGGAGGAAGUUGUGGAAGAGGCUACCAAGCUCCAGGAAGAAGCUGCAGUUGAGGAAGAACAGAAGCUUGCCAGUGCUGAGAAGUCUGUUCCCUUGUCCGCAAUGGAGGAUUCACCUAUCUUAGGUGUCCUUUCCAAGGCCACACCUGAACUAGCUAUCAAGAACGUUGAAGGUGCCUCAACUGAAGAUGGUGAAAGCAGCAAAUGGUCACCUGUGUUCGAGAUAGUUGAUGAGAUCAACAGUGCCAGUGAAGAAAAGGAAGUAGCUGCUGUUGAAGUGCCAAAGGAAGCCAUCAACGAAGACGAUUUCAGUUCCACCGCUGAGGCAUCUGAUGUCCCUAACAAGAUGAUCCCACCUGCUGUGACAGAGAAGGAAGUCGCUGGUGAUGAUUUGAAGGAAGAUGCUUUCAAUUCCACCGUUGAGGCUUCUGAUGCUCUUAACGAGAAGAUGACCCCAGCUGCUGUGACAGAGAAGGAAGUUUCUGCUGAUGAUUUCCAGGAAGAUGCUUUCAAUUCCACUGUUAAGGCUUCUGAUGCUCUCAACGAGAUGACCCCAGCUGCUGUGACAGAGAAGGAAGUUGCUGCUGCUGAUUUCAAGGAAGAUGCUCUCCAUUCCACCAUUAAGACUCCUGAUGCUCCUAACAAGAUGACACCAGCUGCGGUGACCGAGAAGGAUGUUGCUGCUGAUGAUAUUAAGGAAAAUGCUUUCAGUUCCACUGUUGAGACUGCUGAUGCUCCUACCAAGAUGAUCCCAGCUGCUGUUACAGAGAAGGAAGUCGCUGCUGAUGAUUCGCCGAAGAGUGAUCUGACAGAAGAGGAGAGUGACCUCAAUGGAGUGGGCAGUGAGGAGGAUGACCUCAGUGAGUACAGCAGCGAGGAGGAUGACCUCAGUGAGUACAGCAGCGAGGAGGAUGACCUCAGUGAGUACAGCAGCGAGGAGGAUUCCCUCGAGGAGGAGGAUAUGCAGAAGGUGAGCGACUCUGCUGUUGUGAACUUUUAUUCUGAUGAAGAGGAGGACCUCGAGGAUGAGGAUAUGCAGAAGGCUAACGACUCCACUGAAGCUAACUUUGAUUCUAAUGAAGAAGAGGAGGAUCUCAAGAUGCCGGAGACAGUUGAAGAGCCUAAAGAAAAUGAGGAGAGUGGAGAGGAAGAUGAUUUCAGCGCUGAUCUGUCAUCAGAGUUUGACGAUGUUGAAUUCAGUGAUGCUGAAACUGAAAGCCACAGCUCUCAGGUGGCGCUUGAGGCAAUCCAUGCUACUCCUGCCUCAUCUGCAGCCAAGACUGCUGACUCUGCCACCACUAACAUGAGCUUAAGGAAGCUUAAAAGUGCUUUGAAGGAGGGUCUUGAAGAACUUGAAGCCAAGACUGUUGACUCUGUCAUCAUCGAAGAACUUGAAGAAUCCAGCGAGGGCAGUGAGGUUUCUCAGCACGCCGAGACCAUCGUCAAGACACUGCACAAGUUCACCAUCACUGAGGAGAAGAAUGAAGAGUGCGCAAAGCAAAACGUCGCCCUCACUAACAUGAGCCUAAGGAAGCUUAAGAGUGCUUUAAAGGAGGGUCUUAUUGCUGCCAAGGAAGGGAAGAACCUGGCCAUCACUGCCGAUGAAGGCAGCAGGGUGGCGCUCGCGGAGCUGGACGACAACGCUGAGUGCUGAUCGGCGCAGGAGUUCACUGGAAUCAUCAAGCAUCUGCUGGGACUGAAUGAAGGAGAGAGGGCUCUAGUUGUGCCGUGAUAACUAGGCUUUGCUUUUUUUCAUUUCCAAAUGCUGCCGAGGAGUGAAAUGCUCAAUUUUUUGUGUGUGUGUGGGUCGAGAGCAUCGGGUUGUGAAACCAUGGUUUCUCUGAACCAACCUAUACAGUUCGUGUCGGUUCUGGUUGUCCGUGUUUGUUCUGUGGUAUAUGUCAAAUGGAUAUGGAUUAUAUAAUGAGUAAUAUAUAUACCAGUUCAUUAGGUU